AAUCCUGCACAAACUGGACCAGCAGCCAACAUGAGAUUUCUGGUGCCGCUUUAUGUCGUCCUUGCUGUGGCAGCGUUUCACUCUGCCCUCUCAGCAUCUCUGGAGUCAGCAGAGAAAGAGGAAGAAGUUACUCAGUAUGACGGGCUGACUCAGCUGCAGAAAAUAGACCAGAUGGAGUUUGAAGCUGCUCAAAAAGCUGAAGCAGGGCGGAUGAACAUUACAGAGGAGCAGAGUGAAGAUAGCCGCUUCCUUGAGGCUGAUAAAGAUGGAUCUGUAGAGGAACAUGUUGAAGAUGAAGCUGAAGAUGAAAGCAAAGAGGGCGCAGCAGAGUCCAAUGGUGCCGCAGAGGAAGGUGACGCAGAGUCAGAGUCAGAGUCAGAGUCCUCUGAGGACACAAAUAAAAGGCAAAGGAGAGAAUACCCAGAGACAUCGACACUGAACUGUGUGCUGAAGGAAACACCCAAGACCGAGAUGUAUGACUGAGAAAUCCCUGCUACACGUGGGCCCCAGUGCUUACUCAUCGCCACCCCGGAGCGCCACCCAGCUUUCCAUCAACAAAAGGGAAGACCAUCCCACCUAUCCUUUUGUUUUCCUUCACCGUCACAGGCCAAAACAGGGAACAAGAAUUUUUGAAAUGACGAGUUUCGGACAGAGUAUUUUUACCAUUUUUAUUGAUUUUUCCAUCCACAAUUGUGGAGCAAAAAAAUGAUGUGCAUUUUAAAAUAAAAAAUAAUCUUUGGUACCUAAAAAAAAAAAGAAAUAAAAAUAAGGCAACUACAGCAUCUAUAGG